AUUAUUUUUUCAAAAUAAAAAAAACAAUCCCACUUCUUCAAUUUUCUUCGUCGACAUUCCAGAGAGAGUCACACAGAGAUUCAAAUUCCUUUCUCUGUCUCAAUUAAAUUAGGGUUACUUAUUUAUUUUUAUAAUCUAAAAAUCAAAUCAAGCUGUAUUUGAGUUCAAAUUAGACAAUCUCAUAUUAUUUCUGUCUUCCUUAAAUCUUUUGGAUUGGAUUUCUCAUAGAAUUUUUUCUUCGAUCCCCAGCUCUGAACUAUUUAUUAACUAGUGUAUGAUUUGAAGAUUGAAAUCAUCUUCAAUUUUUAUUCAAGUCUGAAGAUUUUAUUAUUAUUAUUAUUAUUAUAAUGACUAGUAAAAAGGAAGAAGAGAGAAAUGAAAAGAUUAUUAGAGGUCUUAUGAAACUUCCUCCAAAUCGAAGAUGCAUCAACUGCAACAGCCUUGGUCCUCAGUACGUUUGUCCGAAUUUCUGGACUUUCAUCUGUAUAACCUGCAGUGGAAUACAUCGUGAAUUUACUCACAGGGUAAAAUCUGUGUCGAUGUCUAAAUUUACUUCGCAAGAAGUUGAUUCUCUUCAAAGAGGUGGUAAUCAGCGUGCGAGAGAAAUCUUUCUGAAAGACUGGGACCUACAAAGGGAGAGAUUGCCCAGUAGCAGUAAUGUUGCAAAGAUUCGAGAGUUCAUAAAAAAUGUGUAUGUGGAUAAAAAAUAUGCUGGAGGGAGCGGGUCUGACAAGCCUCCAAGAGAUAUACAGAGUCUGAGAAACCUUGAAGAUGAAACAAGACGGGCCAGCUCAUACCAUUCCUAUUCGCAGAGUCCCCCGUAUGAAUAUCAAUAUGAAGAUAGGAAGUAUGGAAAACAAGGUGGGGCACUUACUCGAAGGCCUGGUUCAGACCGAGGUCAUUAUGAAGGAAAGGUUUCUAGUUUUAUUUAUAGUCCAGGUCGCCCGGGCGAGCCAAUGUACGAGGAUAGGUUUGCCAAUGAGGGAUCUGUUUCCAGAGUUUCAGACUACUCCGCGUCCAGCGGCGGUGAUCCUUUCAGAUCCGGCGCUCCGUCACCAAAUUACCAGAAGGGCUCUGGAGUUAGCAGCCCCCCUUCCUAUCCUGUAAGGGAUAUAUUAGUUGAAGAUGGGCAACGUCAAACCAUAAACUCAUAUUUAGAUGGAAAUACCACGGCAGAUGUACACGGGGUUGCACAUCAACAGCAGAGAACUGCAUCGAUGAGCAGCUUUGGGUCAUUUGAUAGCAACUCCAUGUCUUUGCAGUCUGUUAAUUCAGGACUGUUUGAUGUUGUGUCUGAACCUGAACCCUCUGCUCGAACUCAGCUGGAAAGAUUGCCUUCUGUUCCCUCACUAUCGCAAUCCCAUGUAUCUUCAAAUUCAAGUCUCAACCCUGUAACUGCAUCAAAUAUACCGCGGUUUGCAACCUUUUCUGCCCCAUCUAUAGAUUUGUUUCAACCUCCAACAACGAACUCAGCCCCAUCUGUAGAUCUGUUUGCUGACAUGAACAGCCUACAAUCAACGCCUGCCUCUUUGGAGCAAAAAGUACCCGCUGUUUCAUUUGUAGAAAACGAAGGAUGGGCUACAUUCGACAUGCCGCAGCAUGAAAUACCCGCUCCUGACACAAAAAAUAUACCCCCUGCUAGUACUGUUCAUGGUGAUGCAGCACCCUUUGGGAGCUUUGAUGUACUUCCUUCUGUUAGUUCAAGCACGCAAUGGACAUCGAUACAAGAUUUUACAACUCAUGGGUCUUUCGCAUCUCUUGGUAAUCAAUGGCAUGACAGCAGUCGCGAAGUUCAAGCCUCCAUUAAUGCAGGAAACACUGAGCAAUGGAAUGCUUUUGAUGAUUCUCUUGGCAUCGUUCCUCAACCUACCUAUAAUGUGACGUAUACUAUUGAAGCACAAGUUGAAGCUUAUAAGCCUCCAUUAGAUGCUGAUCAGAGUUUUAACUCCAAAAUUUUGGAGGGCUCCAGCAUAGACAGAGUUUAUGGAGAAACUCCAGUGGAUAGACAUCCUGUUCCUAGUGCAAUAUCUAAUGGUGUCAGCAAUGGAUCUUUUUUUAAUCCACCAGUGUUCCCUUUGACGCCAGGGACAACGAUGGCGUCUCCUGCUGCUGAUUGCAAAUCUACAAAUCCUUUCGAAUUUGAUUUUACUUAUGAAGCUGAAUCUGAACCAUCCAAUGCGUUCUUGAACAUGAGCUCGUUACAAUCAGCGCUACCAGAUCCUCAGUUGCAAUCUGCUUUCUUAGGCGACCUUGGUCAACCAUGGUAUCCUCAGGAUUCAGUGACACCCUACAGUUCAGCUGCACCACAAGGUGGGGUGCCGUACAUGACAGGGGAAGCACCAACUUCACAAUUGUCGAAUAUCCCUUCACAAGGCUCCGUUGCAUCAGUUGGUGGGAAUCCUUUCGCAUGAGAUUGAGCAAGCAGAAAAAUGGACACAUUCUCUUUUAGUUUGGUAAAAGACAUCCGGGACUAAUUUUCUGGUAUUCAGUUCAUCAGGAUUCCGCAGGCCACUAAAGGUCAGCAGGGAUCUAAUUGUUCUGGUCGUAAAUUCACUAUGAUCCGUUCCCAUACUCUUUGUGCAAAAAUAAAGCUGCAGUGAAUAUCCUUCGCGGACCUGCAUUACCAUCGGUUAUAACUUUCUAAUGGAAGGAAUUCGAGCCUCAGGUUUGUAUUUCAGUUACGGCAGGUAAGAGUAGGGAAAUUUAUGCAACACAAUCCAAUGUAGUUUCUUUUGGUGACUCCACCAGGGUAUUAUUGGCUCGUACUUGACAGCAUGUUGUCCUAGAUUUCUUUUGGUUUAUCCCAUUAAGACUACUUAGCCCAUUUAGGUAUGGGUUCACGACCAAGUUCCUAAUUUUGAGAUGUAUGUUGCUCAAUUCUUUUUUAAUGUCAAUUGAUGUUUGUAUGAUAAAUUAAUUCUACCCAUGUUGCAGAUGUGUAUUAAUGAGUCUCGUUAUGUCUUGAUUAAUUGAAAUUUUCUCAAACUUGUGCAGUGCCAGUUGGUUGUUCUCUCAUACUUCGGAACAAAUCUAACCAUUUUUUUUUCCUUCCAUUCAAGAUGCAUAUGCAGUUUCUUUGUUUGCUUGAACUAGUUUCUUUCAAUAGCAAAGAGCAGCAGCUGUGGUAUGCUUGUUGUAAUUGUAACUCCGGAUCAUGAGGAAAUUUUCCGAGUCUGACAGUCGAAUCCAAUACCGUUAUUCAGUGACAAAAA